AUCAACCAUCUAUAAAUACCAGCAUAAUCAUUGCAUCCAUAAAGUAAGCCAUCCAUCUCUUGAGCUUUUGAUCAGUUCUACGCUGACAAUUAACUCCUCUCCACCUUUAUAAGCAAAACCGAAGGAUGGAUAUGGCGGCUAUUUCCAAGAGAAACAAUCCCAAUAAACAUGUCUCCACGUCUGUGCUCGUCAUCAUCAUCAUCAUCCUCAUCGUCUUACCCGCCUCUUCUGCCUCGGAUAGCUCCACCAACAGCCCUCACAAUGCGACUCCUAGUCCUGGAUACCUCGGCCACAAGCAGCCCGUUUACGGAGGGAGGAAGGUUGUUGUGGAAAGAAUGCUAAAGAUAGACAUCACUGACGAUUAUCCUCCGGCGAGAGUCAAGCCGGCAAUGCCAACACCAUGUUGUUAAAAAGGAAAAAUCGUGGGUGUGAAGUUGUAAGGGGAUAAUAUUAUGGGGGUAUAUAUGUAUAUCUACCAAAAUACAGAUGCCUCUAAAUAAUUUUUUUGGAUGAAGAUAUUAACAUUUAGUCUCUAAUGAUAUACAUGUAUUUGGUUAGCGUUGUCAUGUCUGCCGACAA